CAGGACCGCGUUGUAAUUUUUCAGUCUAGGAAAUGUGCGAGAGCGAGCAGUUGCAUUUUAGCAUCGAACGUUGUCGGACAAACCAUUGUGUAUACAGAUAUUGACAAAGUGUAUAAUGAAGGUGCUCCGUAUACGAUAAGAUAACCGAAUGGGCACAUUCAUACUGACAUGAAACCGUUUUAAAUGACAAGCUAAUUUGAAUCAAUAUUCUUGAAGAAUUUUUUUUUUGUUGCCAUUCGACUUUGCGUUCUUGGUGAGUGAAUUCGAUGGUAAAAUCACUGAGCCUUCAUCAUCACGAUUUAUAUCCGCACUUGCUCUUCCCGAAUUAAUUACAAAAUUGAAAAAAUGUCGUGGAUCCCAAGGAAUAUUUCCAAUCUCUGUGAGACUCAUCCGACGAUGACGACAUGUCAGCCUCCGGCGAUGAUGUUCUUGGCGCUUGUUGUCCAGCUUUUUGGAUACUCCACGGACAAUCAUCCUGACGAGUAUUCAUCACUGAAAACUCCGAAUAAUUUUCCUUACGAAGCUGCUGAGGCACUCGCAGUGAGUUGGGAAUCGAAGAAAGUGGCAUCACCUUCUGAUAAUUCCAUCGACGAUGAGCUUUUAAUCGGAACUCUUCACCCGAAAGACCAAGACGAAGCUCUCUACCUGAACGAUUUAGCCAACAAAAUUCAUCACGAUGACGUGGUGAUCGUUGAAAUUGAGGAUGAGGGGCUGGAGCAAAUAGGACCUACAGAGGCUUUCAUGGAUGCGGAGGGCGUCGGUGAGACUCAUGGGUUUGGCCGACGGAUCAUCGUCGACCCGGGGGUGAAUUACGCAACCACUUCCACUCCCAUGAACUACCCGAAGCCCACGGGAUUUCUCCCAGAAGAGUACGACUUCAUAAUAAUUGGGGCAGGAUCUGCUGGAUGUGUCAUGGCCAAUCGUCUGUCGGAGAUUGACGACUGGAAAAUUUUACUGCUGGAAGCUGGAAUUGACGAGCCGAAGGCAGCCGACGUUCCAGCAUUCGCGCCAAUGAUGCAGGGUAGCAACAUUGACUGGGGCUAUCGUACUCAACCGGACAAGAAAUCCUGUCGAUCUAGAAUGGACGGUCGCUGUGGAUGGGCAAGAGGAAAGGUAAUGGGAGGCUCCAGCACCAUCAAUUACAUGAUCUACAUGCGUGGAAAUCGUGAAGAUUACGAUGAAUGGGCGAGAUUGGGUAAUUACGGGUGGGAUUACGAGCAGGUGUUACCAUAUUUCAUUAAAUCCGAGAACAACAUGGAUAAAGAGAUUAUCGAGGAAAAUCCCCAUUACCAUGGAACGAAAGGCUGGCAAAGCGUGGAAAGAUUCCAGCAAAAGGACGAAAAUACGGAGAUAAUAUUGAACGCAUGGGAGGAAUUGGGCUACAACCGAACCGAUGUCACAGCUGCACAUCAACUAGGAAUAAUGGAGAUUCAAACAACCACCCGGGACGGUCUACGUCAGAGUACAAAUGGUGCCUUCAUCCGGCCAAUCAGGCACAAACGAAAGAACCUCACAGUACUGACCCAAGCCCACGUGACAAGAAUCAUAAUCGAUCCUCCGACGGGAUUGGCACUGGGAGUCGAGUACAUCAGCACAAGAUCUGACUUCGUAAAAGUUGCUAUCGCAACUAAGGAAGUCAUUCUGUCGGCAGGUGCCCUGAAUUCACCAAAGAUCCUCAUGUUAUCGGGCAUCGGUCCUAAGGAGGAUCUGGAACGUCUGGGAAUCCCUGUUAUUUAUGAUUCAGCUGUGGGACACAAUCUUCAGGAUCAUACAACAACCGAUGGCUUUGUGAUUCAGCUUGACAACAAGACAAGCCAUUUAGCUGACUAUCCCGAGAUGGUUCGUGAUCUAUACAAUUUCAGGGACACUCACAGCGGUCCUCUAGCAACAACAGGUACCAUAACAGCUGGUGUUUUCGUCCAGACACAUUACGAAGAGUCAAAAGAGAGACCUGAUAUUCAGUAUCACUUUGACGUGAACAACGUACACGAUUACUAUACAGAUCCUGUUGUCUAUGGACAGAUGAAUCUCAUGCCACUGUCUUACUACGAUGGUCUGGUCAUCAGACCAACUCUCCUGAAUCCCAACAGCCGAGGUAUUGUCAAGCUCAAUGAGACAGAUCCAAUAUGGGCCGAUCCCCUCAUCUACGCCAACACCUUCAGUGCAUAUCCCGAUCUCAGCAGAAUGAUCGCUGGUAUCCAAAUAGCGAUGCAGUUGCUCAACACCAAAGCCUUCAUCGAGAAUGGUUACAGACUUCGUGAGGAUCCUCUACCAGCUUGUGCACACGUGUCCUUCGGUGCUCCCAUAUACUGGCAGUGCGUUCUCAUGGAGUACACCGCGACUAUAUUCCAUCCGGUGGGAACGUGCAAGAUGGGCCCUAAAGACGAUCGCUUGGCUGUCGUUGAUCCUGAACUGAGGGUCUACGGGGUUGCUGCCCUCCGGGUUGUUGACGCUUCCAUAAUGCCCAUUAUCGUCAGGGGCAAUACCAAUGCCCCGACGAUUAUGAUUGCAGAGAAAGCUAGUGAUAUGAUCAAGAAGCAUUGGUUCAGACAGUAGAUCUAUUAUUCUGAACUUGGUGAAAGCAAUGGCUCGAGUGCUGGUGGGCUAAUGGGGUCUAGUGGACACUGAGUGAAUAAAUAAAUUUGAGACCUACGAUUUUCCAAAAUUUUGACGUGAAUGGUGCUAAUGGUUCGGAAAUCAAAAAAUUUUUAUAGAUUUUUUAGUUGUAGUUUCAGAAAAAAUGACAUCAAAAUCGUUUUGAGGGAGUGGAGGUGGUGCAAAAUUGUCAUUUUGAUACAAAAAAAUACGAUAAAUUUGAACUGUUCUCUAUGUAAUUAAAACAAUCAGUCUUCGAGGAAUAAAUGAAAAAUAACAACGUGUGCUUAACGAGAAAA